AUGCGCACCACGCUCCUCGCAGCCGCCGGUGCUGCCAUCGUUUCUCCUGCACUCGCAGCGAAAAGCCCGGUUCCUGUCUCCUACGGCUCCAACAAAGUGCUGAAGUUCACACUCGACAAGAACCACGAUCUGACCAGCGGCACGGUCCACGAAGAAGACGCCGGUCUCCUCCCCAGUUUCGCCCCCGGCCACCCGCAUUUCAAGAUGCCAGUUCCAAACCUUGACCUGCACAAGCCGCCCGUCUUCAACCACGAGGGCAACUGCUGCCGCCCCACGGGCCAGUGCCACGCCUACUUCAAGUGGGUCAUCGACAUGCUCAACGGCAACCGGUGGGACGGUGACGACCAGAAGCGCGACGCCAUGGCCCACCUCGAGUGCUGCAUGCGCCAGUUCAACGCCAGCUGCGCCGACCCGCCCAAGUCGGACACACUCCGGUGGCAUGAUCCUAAGCUGGGCUGCAGCAAUGGCGGCCCGGAGCCUGCGCAUGAGCCUGAGGCCAAGGCUGAUGCUGAUGAUGAUGCUGUCGAGGCUGAUGGAGGCAGACCUGCCGAUGAGUCAAAGCUCGACGACGAAUCCGAGACCUCGGGCCUGGGCCCAAUCGGUCCCUUGAUGUCGCCCACGGCCAUACCGCCGAAGGAAACCGACAACGCCGCGGCCGAGGCCGUCGCAGAUGCGAAGGCCAACUUGGACAAGGCUGCAGAGGAGCUUCGGGUCGCGGAGGAGAAGGCCAAGGGGGCUGGCGAUGCUGCUCCGCCGGAGCAGGAGGAACAGGGCGAAUGA